UUUGGACCUCUCACUCCUACUUUCUCUUCGCUCCUUUGCCAGCCUGGUGGUCUUGAUUUAGACAUUUGUCUUGAAUUCUGAAGUCUGUCACUGACUAGUUUUGAGGAAUCUCUUGCUCACAACCAGCUUCCAGUUUUGUUUUGCUCAGUGUCACAGAUAGUGCGGUCAAAGCUUUUUCGGUUAUGAAGCAAGCUCUAAAAAAAAUAGAACAGCCGGAGUGAUCUUCCUCUCUGUAAACUGUAAGUUAUCUACCACAGGAUCUCAUUGAAGAGGUGGCCUUGAGGGCUUAAGUAAGUAGGUUAUCCGAUCAUCGAACCAGGGCAAGAAACUGUCUGGCGAGCGACAGGAGCCCAGAGUGGGGUGGAGGGAGAUGCAGGCGAAUUGCAUUUUGAGGUCUGGGUUGCUGUUUGCCACUCUGUCUCUUGUCAUCGCCAAGCACAAGCAAUCUUCCUCUGCGAAAGGUUGUUACCCAAGGGGCACACUGUCCCAAGCUGUUGACAGACUCUACGUCAAGGCGGCAUGGCUCAAAGCAACAAUUCCAGAAGACCGCAUAAAAAAUAUACGAUUAUUAAAAAAGAAAACAAAAAAGCUAUUUAUGAAAAACUGCAGAUUCCAAGAACAGCUUCUGUCCUUCUUCAUGGACGAUGUUUUUGGUCAACUCCAAUUACAAGUCUGCAAGGAAAGACACUUUGUGGAAGAAUUUCAUAGCCUUAGGCAGCAAUUGAGCCGCUGUAAACCAAAAUGCUCACUGAUGCCCGGGACACGCUUCAUUGUGUUGUUAAACCAGAGGCCCUGUGAACCCCAAAGCUGUAAGCUGGUGCUUGCGUUGCAUUCAUUGAUCCCUUCACUCAACAAACAUUUAAUUUCAUGUGCUUCAUCAGCUAGAGAGAUGAAAACGAUUACCAGGAUGAAAAGAACAUUUUACGGGAUUGGAAACAAAGGAAUCUACAAAGCUGUCAGUGAACUGGAUAUUCUUCUUUCCUGGAUUAAACAAUUCCUGGAAAGCAUUAAGUAAUGCAAGAACCCAAGUGCAUGGAUUUGAUUGUUAUUUUGGAAUAUAAUGAGAACCACUGGAAAUAAAUUUAUAAGACUGUAUUGCUUUUAAAAAACUUUUGUACAUGGUACUGAUACCAAGUUAGAUGACUAGGUACAUUUAACAUGAUAAAGUUUUGGAGAUCCAUAAAUUAUCUCUAAUAUGUACAUUUUCUAUAUUUUCAAAGAAUACUUUCAUCCUGACCAUGUUUUAUUAUCCUCAAGUACACUUAAUUUAAAGCUGCAUAAUCAGAAUUAACUCAUGUAAUAUUUGUGGAGGAAAAAUGACAGCUUUCUGGAAUACAAUAUAAUGUUAUCGAGACUUCCAUA